AUGGUCGACCCCGUCCCCUACAACUCAGACCCAUCUAAUAAUUCUCCUCUCGACGCAUCUGGAAGCAACUUCCCAUGCAAAACCACGGGCGAUUAUUCAGUUAUUGAGGAGAACCAUAUGUUAAAGGGUGAGAGCCAGUCCAUGAUAUUCCAUGGUGGUACUACUCACGGCGGUGGCUCUUGCCAAAUCAGUAUUACGUCGGAUCGGUCUCCCAGCAAAGACACUACACGGAGUGUCAUUAUGUCAAUUGAGGGUGGGUGUAUGGAUGAGACCGUGAGUGACUUCAACAUCGGAAGCAGCUCAACGAUGGUUACUCAUUUCUCGCCCAACUUCACCAUUCCUGACAGCUUCAAAGCCGGUCAGUAUACAAUUGCCUGGACCUGGUUCAACCGUAUCGGUAACCGCGAGAUGUACAUGAACUGCACCCCCAUAACCAUCACCGAGAAUAACUCUUCCUCGAAGGGCUCCGGAUCCGCUGAAAUCGAGGAAACCUCCCCUUCCCUCCCCUUUUCAUUGCCAACAUCAACGGCUGCUUGA